CGGCAGAAUCUCCAUUCCCGCACCAAACCGGGCGCACGCCGAGGAGAGAGAAAGCUAGAGAGAGGGUGGUAGCUUGCUAUGUUUGACGCUGCGGAUCGUGGAGUCGUGGCGGUGAAGCGGAUGAGGCUGUGGAAGGAGGAGGAAGGUGAAGGGGAGGAGGUGUUGGAGGAGGAGGAGGAGGAGGAGGAGGAAGGGAUGGAGGUGGACGGGGAGGAGGAGGAAGGCUGGGUGUGGGGGGCGCCGGCGGCGGGGGAGCAGAGGGCGGCGGCGAUCGUGGUGGCGGACGCGGCGGAGGCGGACUUCCCCGUCAUCUACGUCAACGCCGCCUUCGAGGCCGCCACGGGGUACCGCGCCCACGAGGUGCUCGGACGCAACUGCCGAUUCCUUCAAUUUCGGGAUCCACAUGCGCAAAGGAGACACCCCCUUGUUGAUCCCAUGGUUGUUUCAGAGAUUAGGCGAUGCCUUGAUGAAGGGAUUGAAUUCCAAGGUGAGUUGCUGAAUUUCCGGAAAGAUGGUGCUCCGCUUUACAACAGGCUAAGGCUCAUUCCAAUGCACGGGGAUGAUGGCUCUGUGACACAUGUUAUUGGAAUCCAGCUAUUCUCCGAAGCUAACAUUGAUCUCAGCAACGUAUCAUAUCCAGUGUAUACACAACAGUCUAACCACAGGCCCAGCAUUCAAGAUCUGAACUCAGCUUCUCAUGAACAUGCUCCUAAAAUCCAAAGUUCAGACUACUGUUGUAUUCUCCAACUAUCAGACGAAGUUCUUGCACACAACAUAUUAUCUCGCCUGUCACCAAGAGAUGUUGCAUCCAUUGGAUCAGUCUGCACUCGAAUGCAUGAACUAACCAAAAACGAUUACCUGAGGAAGAUGGUUUGCCAGAAUGCAUGGGGAAGAGAUGUCACUGUGAGGCUUGAGAUGAGCACCAAGAUGUUAGGAUGGGGUCGUCUUGCAAGAGAGCUGACAACCCUUGAGGCAGCCUCAUGGAGGAAGUUCACAGUUGGAGGACGUGUUGAGCCUUCACGGUGCAACUUCAGUGCAUGUGCUGUUGGUAGCCGCCUCGUCCUUUUUGGAGGGGAGGGGGUAAACAUGCAGCCUAUGGAUGACACAUUUGUGCUUAACCUGGAGGCUGCUAGGCCAGAAUGGCGCCGUGUCAAGGUUUCUGCCUCCCCACCUGGUCGGUGGGGGCACACUCUAUCAUGGCUGAAUGGCUCAUGGCUGGUAGUAUUUGGAGGCUGCGGACAGCAAGGUUUGCUCAACGAUGUCUUCAUCCUUGACCUUGAUGCUCAGCAGCCUACUUGGAGGGAGGUUGCAAGUGAGGGACCCCCACUACCACGGUCUUGGCACAGUUCAUGCACCUUGGACGGUUCAAAACUUGUUGUCUCAGGAGGGUGCACCGAGUCUGGUGUUCUUCUCAGUGACACCUUCCUUCUUGACCUCACCAAGGAAAAACCUGCAUGGAGGGAGAUUCCUACAUCCUGGUCACCGCCAUCCCGCCUUGGCCACACCUUGUCUGUUUAUGGUAAGACUAAACUAUUUAUGUUUGGUGGGCUGGCAAAGAGUGGCUCGCUCCGGCUGCGCUCCAGUGACGCCUACAUGAUGGAUGUUGGUGAAGACAGUCCUCAAUGGAGGCAGUUGGCGACAACGGGGUUUCCGAAUAUUAGCCCACCUCCAAGGCUUGAUCAUGUCGCCGUGAGCCUGCCUUGCGGAAAGAUCAUCAUGUUUGGUGGCUCAAUUGCCGGGCUGCAUUCUCCAGCACAGCUGUUCUUGCUUGAUCCCGCCGAGGAAAAACCGACAUGGAGGAUCCUGAAUGUCCCUGGGCAGCCUCCGAAGUUCGCCUGGGGACAUAGCACCUGUGUGGUUGGUGGCACCAGGGUCCUAGUUCUGGGAGGCCACACCGGGGAGGAGUGGAUCCUGAACGAGCUCCAUGAGCUCUGUCUCGCAAGCAGGCCCGAUGAAGACGAAUGAUUCAAUUUUCCUGGCACACGCAGCUGCUCGUCUGAUUUAUUCAAUCCUAUAUUAUUUACACAUAUCGUCAUCGCCUUCCUAUUAAAAGGUAGCGUUAGUCCAAGAGUUUAUUCUACUUUGUUGCUUUCAUUUGAGAUGUGCUCUCAUGAAGGUCUUGAACUCUUGAUAGAUGUCAUGGUCUAUCUUAUUCUACUUUGUUGCUUUCAUCUGAGACGUGCUCUCAUGUAGGUCUUGAACUCUUGAUAGAUGUCAUGGUCUAUCUUAUUUCUCAAUGGAAAAAAAAAGUAUGGUCUAUCUGUAGAUUGUAUAGUCAUGUACUGAAGUUAGCACCGUCUUCUCCGUGUUUGUGCAUGUUUGUAUGUAUUCUAUGGGAGGCAUCGUGAUGUAAUUUCAGGCUGUUACACUAGUUUAUGAUGUCAA